AUGGUAUACGGUUUGGCACCCGCAAUGCCCCGUGCAUUCCUGAUCCCCAUCAUAAUAUUCAACGUAUUUGGGGCAAUCCCAAUUGUGUAUCUUGAAAUGAUCAUGGGACAAUACUCCCAAUCUGGGGCAAUACCGGUGUGGAACGUGUGCCCGCUGCUUAAAGGAGUAGGCUAUGGCACAGUGAUAUCUACGUUCUUGUUUUCCAUCUACUAUGGUGUCGUUAUCUGCUGGAUGCUGUUCUACUUCAUCCAUUCCUUCUUUCCAACACUGCCUUGGACCACGUGCAACAACGAAUGGAACGUUCAGGAAGCGGAAGUUUGCAUUCCUCGCACAGGCGCAGCGCCAAGCGGAACAACAUCCGGAAAGGAUACACUUUUGGACAAUGUAACGACAAUGUUCACUACAUCGUCAUCAACGGCGAUGUCUGUGGUUUCGAACGUUACUGAAUUAAAGAAAAGUACGUCUGCAGAGCAAUUUCUAAGAUACAAGGCUUUGGAUAUGACGGAUGGUUUAGAUGAAUUAGGCUCCAUCAAUUGGCCGCUUCUAGGAUGUCUUGCUGCCAUAGAAGUUUUAUGCUUCCUUUGUAUAUUUAAAGGAGUCAAACUAACCGGUAAGGUAGUAUACUUUACUGUCCUUGGACCAUUCGUUUUACUUGCCAUCUUUCUUGUAAGAGGGGCCAUUUUACCGGGAGCAGAAAUUGGUAUCAAAUAUUAUCUUACUCCUGACCUUAGCAAACUGACAGAAACCAAAAUAUGGGCUGAAGCUUGUAUGCAAGUUUUUGUUUCGGUCGGACCUGGCUUUGGCGGAAUGAUCACCUUCGCCAGUUACAACAAGUUUACCAACAACUGUAUGAGGGAUGCGAUUUUAGUUUGUUUAAUGGAUUUGCUGGCCGGUUUUUCCGGAGGCUUCGUUAUCUUCUCGGUACUCGGACACGUGUCACAUGAAACUGGAAUUGACAUCAAAAGCUUUAAUCAGUCAGGGUACGGUUUAGGUUUUAUCGCUUAUCCUGAGGCGGCCAACUAUUUACCUCCACCUCAACUCUGGUGUGCCUUAUUCUUCUUUAUGUCAAUAUUCCUGGGAAUAGACUCUCAAUUUCCAAACUACGAGAUUGUCGUGACAGCAAUUAAAGACGAGUUUAGCAAACGUUUACAUGGAAAGACAACUCAGCUUACACUUAUAGUAAUUGUGUUAGCGUUCCUGCUCGCAAUUCCUCAAGUCACAGGGGGUGGUUACUAUCUACUCACACUGUUGGACUGGUAUGCGGCGACAUUUUCUGUGACAAUAUUUGCUCUAAUUGAGUUGUUAGUGAUGGCAUAUGUCUACGGUAUCAAAAGAGUUGAUGCAAAUAUGCGGGAGAUGACAGGAAAGGGGGUACCGUUGUUAUUCAAAAUUGCCUGGUGUGUUACAACUCCUUUACUUCUUGCGGUCACCCUCGGUUUCACCGUAUACACCUAUGAACCACCUUCAUACGGCAGUUACGAGUACGAGCAAUGGCAUAUCGGAUUAGGAUGGUGUAUCGCUGCCUUUUCCCUCGCCCCUAUACCAAUAUACGUCAUCUAUAGACUAUACAAAACACCAGGGACAUUAUUUGAGAGGCUGAAAAUAAACUUACGCCCAAAUGAGCUAUGGGGCCCACCAGAAGAAAUAAGAAAUCCGGAAAUCAUCCCACAAGAAAAACUUUGGGGACCAGCAUUUACCGGAAAUGACGACAUCAAAACCGAUACUUCAAAAUCUCCCGACAAAAUUGACGGACUUGACAAUCCGUCAUUUCAAACAAAACUAUAAUUGAAUUAUUGAAAUUCACGCAUGUUUAUUGUACUCUCUAACAAUGUACUUUUCGUGUGACAUUGGUACUGGUGUAAUACAAAAUGGUACUGGUGUAAAACAAAAUGGUACUGGUGUAAAAAUAUUGUUUUCGUUUUGUACAUGUGUGGAGAACAAGAUGCAAAAUAUGUAUUACAAAAUGUAUAUGACAACUCCGGAAAUACUAUUGUCACGAUAUAGACACGUGACGUCACUUUCUAAAUAACUCAACACAAAGGUGAAAGUCGUAAUAAAGUUAACAAAUUUAAACCAAGAAUUGAGUUCAACAUGUAAUGGUCGAAGAUAAACAAGAAUUAUAACUUAUACAUUAAAUCAUUUUCAAAUGUUCUACGCAGGUUACCAUUGUUAACUCUAACCUCACACAAGAAAUGUCAUAUAACCAAUUGUAAAUAUUUACUAGCGGCUUUGCAUCAGAAAUAUUGCUUAUAAUCUGUAUUAAUAAUUCUUCAAAUGUUGCCUUAAACCUUGAAUUAAAUUUGCUUAAAUAUUGCACAAUGACAUCUUAGUUGUCAACUUUUCUAACU